AUGAAACAACACCAAGGGAGUGUAUUCACUUUAAUAACAUGUGUUCUUGGAUUAUAUGGUACAUUUUUAACGUGGUCUAUUUUACAAGAACGUAUUAAUACCAAACCAUAUGGAUCAACCAAUGAAUAUUUUCAAUCACCUUUAAUCAUUAAUAUUAUCCAAUCAUUAUUUGCAUCUAUAAUUGGAUUGAUUUAUAAUUAUAUAACUCAUAAAUCUAAUCCAUUUAAUAUAUUCUUUAAAAAUGGGAAACAAAAUUCCAAUGUUUUGAAGUAUAUGAUUUUAAUCUCAAUUACAUCUAGUUUGGCUUCACCUAUUGGAUAUAAAUCAUUAAAUCAUUUAGAUUAUUUAGCUUAUUUGUUAGCCAAAUCAUGUAAAUUGAUUCCAGUUAUGUUUAUUCAUUUUGUAUUUUAUCAAACCAAAUUUCCGAUUUAUAAAUAUAUCGUGGCACUUUUAGUUACAUUUGGGGUUACAAUUUUCACUAUGGGACAUGCUAGUAGUAAGACCAAAAUCAAUGAUGGAAAUACAAGUUUAGGAAUGUUAUUUUUAAUUGGUUCAAUGUUAUUAGAUGGAUUAACUAAUUCAAGUCAAGAUCAAUUAUUUAAACUCAAAUUAAAUGACAAAAUAACGGGUGGGAAAUUAAUGUGUAAUUUGAAUUUAUUAAUCUGUUUAUGGACAACUUUAUAUACUUUAAUUUUCCAAUCAAAUGAAUUUAAUAAAACUUUAACAUUUGCUAUUAAUUAUCCUGAAUUAUUACUUGAUUUAAUUGGAUUUGCUAUUUGUGGAGGAAUAGGUCAAAUAUUUGUAUUUAUCAUCUUGGAGAAGUUUGACUCAAUUAUAUUGAUUACUGCAACAGUAACAAGAAAAAUGUUGAGUAUGAUCUUGAGUGUGAUUUUAUUUGGUCAUUUCUUAACCAAAGAACAAUGGCUUGGAGUUGGAUUAGUCUUUGGUGGAAUUGGCUAUGAAGCAUUAAUUAAAUUCCAACAAAAGAAACAAAAGAGUAAAUCAAAAGUAGAAUAG